AUGGGCAAAGACCGGUAUCACGCCGUCUCGGGCAGGGGUUCCCAGAUGAGCCCCAAGGGUCUAGGGUGGAUCAUAGUCGACAGCCUCGACACCAUGAUGAUCAUGAACCUGACAGAGCCCCUAGCCGAGUCGCGCAAAUGGCUGCACCGAAGUCUUUCGUAUGACCAGGACCAGGACGUCAACACAUUCGAAACGACCAUCCGCAUGCUCGGCGGGCUCCUGAGCGCGCAUUAUCUCGCCGGUCGCCUGCCCGACGUGGCCUCACGCCGGGACUCGGUCUAUCUGACGAAGGCAAUCGACCUCGCCGACCGGCUGCUCGCGGCUUACGAGUCGCCGUCGGGCAUUCCCUACGCCAGCGUGCACCUCGGGCGUAAGGUCGGGCUCCCUUCGCACGCAGACGGCGGGUCGUCGUCCAUGGCCGAGGCGGCCACGCUGCAGCUAGAGAUGAAGUACCUGUCGCACCUCACUGGCGACGAGCGUUACUGGCGCAGGGCCGAGAAGGUGAUGCAGGUGCUGGACGACAACGCGAUGGAGGCCGGCCUCCUGCCCAUCUUUGUGCACCCCGACACGGGGCGCUUCACAACAUCCGAGAUCCGCCUCGGAAGCCGCGGCGAUUCCUACUACGAAUACCUCAUCAAGCAAUACCUCCAAACUUCCGCCACCGAGCCCAUCUACCUCACCCUCUGGCACGAAGCGCUUGCCGGCAUCGAAAGACACCUCGUAACCACCACGCGCAACGCACACCUCACCAUCAUCGCCGAACUGCCCCACGGCAUCGGCGGGCCGCUCUCCCCCAAGAUGGACCACCUCGUGUGCUUCCUGCCCGGCGCCAUCGCGCUCGGCGCCACGGGCGGGCACACCGUCGCCCACGUCAAAGCGCAGGGUGCGUGGACGGCGCGCAAGGAGGCUGAGAUGGCGCUCGCAAGGGAUCUGAUGAAGACGUGCUGGGGCAUGUAUGCGGUCACGGCGUCGGGGCUGGCGCCGGAGAUUGUGUGGUUUGAUGUGGAGGAGGAGGAGUUGAGGCCGAGGCCGGCGGGGGGGAGGGGUGAUGGUGGUGAGGAUGGCAAGAAGGGGGGGAAGGCAAAGCGGGAUUCGUUGGCGGAGUGGAAGAAGGAUUUUGUCAUCAAGCCGCUGGAUGCGCAUAACUUGCAGCGGCCGGAGACGGUGGAGAGUUUGUAUGUCAUGUGGAGGGUCACGGGGGAUCCGGUGUAUCGGGAGUGGGGAUGGAAGAUCUUUGAGGCGUUUAGGGAGGGGACGGCGGCGGGGUUGGGGAGGGGGUAUACGGCGGUCGGGGAUGUGAGGGUGGUGCCGCCGCCGUUGAGGGAUGAGAUGGAGAGCUUUUGGUUGGCCGAGACACUCAAGUACCUUUACUUGCUCUUCUCGCCGACGGACUUUUUGCCGUUGGAGGAGGUGGUGUUUAACACAGAGGCGCACAUCUUUCCGCGGUUCAAGAGCCAGUGGAAGACGGGGUGGGAACGGAAUAGAGUAGCGGGGUGUGGCGGUUGUGGGAUGUAA